AUGGAAAAAAAGAAAAGAGAAUUAAGGAAGACUCUGAGAAAACUAAAGAAAAAAAGAAUUUACAGAGAAGAUUUUAUCGCAAAGAGAAAGGAAUACAAAGAGUGGUGCAAAAAGCAGAAGAAGAAACACGAACAGGCAGAAGAAGAGGAAAUUCAAAGGAUAAAGAAUGAGAAAGAGACGUCGAAAUACAUUAAUAACUACGGAAAGAAAAGAAAGGAGGAGAUAUGCGACAACAUAAAGAUGGAAGAACGAAGAAAUUAUUUCAUAGGACUACUUGAAGGAACACAGGAAAAGGAAUUCAACAUAGGCGAACAAAAAAGAGAUACAGGCACGACGAGGGAGGAAGAACCAAAAGACAUAAAAAGAUAG